AUGGAUCAGCCGCCGGCGGGGCGCAUGAGGAGGGAUCAAGGGAGGCGAGCAGCAUCCGGCAUUGAAGGUGGAGGUGGAGAGAGGGAGGGAGGAAUUGAGGGAUUUGGGGAAAAAAAAGAAGGCACAAAAAGAACACCUGUCCCUACACUUCCCAAACAACAUUCAUCUGAACCUGGGUUUUCUCAUUCCAACCCAUUUGAUUCUGAUCCAGAAACCGAUACGAAAACCAGGUCCAAUUUCAAGCAUGCUCCGUACAGUUAUGAGAAAGAUGAAAGAAGGGAAUCAUCAUAUUCUGGAUUUGCCGAUGCAAAAAACAGAUACAAGAAUGAUUUUCGUGAUUCUGGAGGAAUAGACAAUCAGUCUACUCAAGAACUAGAGAAUUAUGCUGUGUACAAAGCUGAGGAAAAUACAGAAAAAUUGAACGGCUGUCUGAAGAUUGCACAUGAGAUUCAUGAGGGUGCUACACACACUCUUGUCACUUUGCAUCAGCAGGGUGAGCAGAUUACAAGGACUCAUCUCAAUGCUGCUAACAUUGAGCAUGACCUUAGCAGGGGGGAGAAGCUUUUAGGAAAUCUUGGGGGGAUCUUUUCUAAGACUUGGAAACCGAAGAAGUCUCGACCAAUUAAAGGUCCCGUUUUGAUUAGAGAUGAUUCUUUCAAAAGAAAGGGUAGCCACAUGGAGCAAAGAGAAAAAUUAGGAUUAUCUUCAAGUCCGAAAGGAAAGUUAAGUCUUCGACAAUAUCCUACUGAACCUGCAAGUGCACUAGAAAAAGUUGAGAUUGAGAAAGCCAAGCAAGACGACAUACUUUGCAAUUUAAGCAACGUGCUCGACCAAUUGAAGGAAAUGGCUCUCGACAUGGGAUCUGAGAUCGGGAGGCAGAAUGAAGCCAUUGACAAUGUACAUGAUGAUGUUGAGGAACUGAACUUUAGAGUGAAGGGAGCAAACAUUAGAAGCCAACGUCUUCUCAGAAAAUAAACAAUAUUAUUACUUUGUGUAUCUUUUUUUUUUACUGAGUUACUUUCACCUGUUGAAAUUAAAUCUAAAGAACAUAUACACUUUUUUGAAAUAAAAAUCUAUUAAUAAAACUUUCUUCUUCUUA